CCCUUCUUGAGGGUGGUGAUUUCACUGCCCCAGGGAGGACAUAGUCGCUCCGAAGUGAAGCUCUCGUUCUUAUUGACUCUUUAUUUUUUAUUUCUUUUUUCAUUUCAUUUGUUUCAUAUGAUUUUACUUGUACUUAGUACGCUGUUAAGACUGAAGUAAAGGGUGAUUGUUUGCUUCACACAUGCGAAAACCAAGUCAAAAGCGACUGGUAUCGCAAGGUGUGCCCUUCGUGCAAAUCUACCCGUGUGUAAAGUGUAAGUCUACUCGACCUGGUUUAGGUCGGUAGAAGAAGCUAGCCAAGUGCUGCCACCGCAUUUAGGCCGGUGGAGCAAGAAGGCUAGCUAUGCGAUACCAUUUUCGCUAUAUGAUGCAAUCACCUUAUUCUGAUCCUCGCUCUAAGACAAACCGACCUGAUGAAGGGUCGGAGUGCACUGCUAGUGAUCGCUCGCGAGAUGAGCGACACCGCAAGCGAGGUCAAAUUUCGAUGCGAAGCGAUGAAAUUCGAGAACGAGAGUUUUCUCGUCCAACAGAAACCAAGGCGCUCAUCUGA